CAUCACGUUACUGUAUUUAAAAAUUAAAGUAAUUUGUUUUUAACUAAAAAAAAACUGCACAUAUUUUCAAAUAUGUGCACACCGAAAUGCAGUGUCAUCUACAGGCAAAAUGAAAAAUUUGCAGGAUUCAUUAAACACAACACGUGCAGUGAGCGCUGUUGUAAAUACUGUGUUUAAAUCAUGUUAUAAAUAUUUAAACGAAUUUAAGUUUAUAUUUAAUUAAUAUGUUUAAAAAUUAACUGUAUCUAGUCAUUUGAUUUAUAUAAUUUCACAAAAUGAGUUCUAAACCGGUUUUCUCCAAACCCGGAGAUAGUAUGUGGCAAGAAGAUAAACCAGAUAUAGAUGCCCAUUCAUCAACACAAUUUGUAUAUAAUGCACAUCAUUCUCUUGCGCUUGAUAUGCAACGUAAACGUUUACCAACAUUUCAAUACAGAAGUCAUAUUAUUUAUUUAUUGGAAAAAUAUCAAACAUUAGUUUUAAUUGGAGAAACAGGAUGUGGAAAAAGUACACAACUACCUCAGUAUCUUCUUGAGGCAGGAUGGUGCGCAGACGGAAAAAUGAUCGGCAUCACGGAACCGAGGAGAGUCGCAGCCACUUCUUUAGCUAAUCGUGUUGCCGAUGAACGCAAUUGUAUUUUAGGCACCGAAGUUGGUUAUUCUAUUCGUUUUGACAAUUGUACAGAUGAAACGACAAAAAUUAAGUACAUGACGGAAGGAAUUUUACUCCGAGAAUUAAUGAGUGACCCGUUAUUGACCAGUUACUCGGUCAUCGUCGUGGAUGAGGUGCACGAAAGGACCCUUCUUACUGACAUUAUUAUGGGUCUUUUAAAAAAAAUAAUUCGGAAACGAAAACGCUUACGAAUCGUUGUUUGCUCUGCUACGGUUGACGCAGAACAACUGAGAGAUUUUUUUAAUACAAAUACUACAAAAGAUUCGACGAAAGAUACUGCAGUGAUACUGACUGUUGAGGGAAGACUUUAUCCAGUUGAUAUUUUUUAUGUUAAAGAGCCGGUAGCAAAUUAUGUAACCAGCGUUGUGGAUACGGCAUUGAAAAUUCACGAAACCGAAGAAUCCGGCGAUAUUUUAGCAUUUCUUACAGGUUUAGACGAAGUAGAUCAAGCAGUUUCUCUUUUAUCAGAGCAUGCAAAGCUUAUAAAAGAAGGCAAGCAGAAACUUUUACCUCUGGCUAUGUACGGAUCCCUUCCGAACUCAGAACAACUAAAAGUAUUUUGGAGGGCUGCCAAAGACACUCGUAAAGUAAUCGUAGCGACAAACAUUGCAGAAACAUCGAUCACUAUUCCAAAUAUCGUUUACGUAAUCGAUUGCGGUUUUGUUAAAAUACCUUGGUAUGAGGUGGAAACCCAGACGAAUUCCCUAGUAAUUGUUCCUGUAUCAAAAGCGUCUGCUGAUCAACGAGCUGGUCGAGCAGGACGUGUUCGAACAGGGAAAGCAUAUAGAUUAUAUACGGAACAAGCGUAUUCUGAAUUGUUUGAAGCUACGCCACCAGAAAUGCAACGUUCAGAUCUAGCACCAGCUAUCUUACAAUUAAAAGCUUUAGGCAUUGAUAAUGUUCUGAGAUUCAACUUCCCUUCCGCGCCACCAAGCAAAAACCUUCUCACAGGAUUAGAAUUACUUUAUGCGUUAGGUGCGAUUGAUAGUAAUGGAGAAUUAACCGCACCGUUAGGUCUUACAAUGGCUGAAAUGCCUUUGGAACCCGUUCUAGCGAAAUCCCUUAUAGUAUCAGGAGAAAUGGAAUGCUCUGAAGAACUGUCGACGAUUCUAGCCAUGCUUCAGGUACAAAAUAUUUUUAUAAGACCGGCUGGAGGUCAAGCUGCUAUAAAAGCAAGAAUAGCGCAUAGAAAAUUCGAGGUCGAAGAGGGAGAUUUAUUAACGUUACUUAAUGUAUACACUGCUUAUGAGAAAAAUAAAACACCAAGUUGGUGUCAGAAACAAUUUCUUAACAAUAAGGCAUUGAGAAGGGCUACUGAAAUUCGAACGCAAAUGCAUCAUAUGAUGAGGCGACUGGAUAUACCAUUGAUUUCUUGUAAUGGAAAUGUACAGCAGAUAUUAAAAUGCUUGACAGCUGGUCUUUUUCCAAAAGCAGCAUAUUUACAUUAUACUGGAGUAUAUAAAACAGUACGCGGUAAUAAAGACUUGUAUAUACAUCCAAACAGUUGUUUGUAUACGCUACAACAGCCUCAGUGGUUGCUUUUCUGUGAAGUUUUACAAACAAACAAAACAUAUAUGAAGGAUAUAACUGUGAUACAACCAGAAUGGUUAUUAGAAUUAGCUCCUCAUUUUUACGAGAAGAAAUCCCUUGAACCUAUUUAAUACGAUUUUUGUAAAUAAUUAUGAUAAUAAAAAAGAGAAAAUUUA